GACCGGUGCUACGCAGCUCCAGUGUUACUAGUACCACUUAUCUGGUGCAGCGCCUUCGAUUGCAAUCGGAUACAUAAACUGUGGGGCCGUUGAACUUAUUCGGUUGCCCCAUCGGAUGACAGGAGAUCGUCGAUCGAGGAUGUUUGUUGUGCCUCAAUCCUGUUUUUUUUCCUUACGCGAACGGCACAGGCAGCCUUCACGAAGGGUGCUGGAGAUUGAGUCUCUUAGGCAGUCCAGUCGCUCGAUUGAAUUGGUCAACACCGCAACUAGUGCAGAAUUGCCUGUCACACUAAGUCGGCAAACUCCCAAUUCCAGCCCCCCAAUCCCAAAAGCGGCACUUCUGAUAUUGGUCAAAUCUGACCUGUCACUUUUUAAUGUUGUUCUCCUUCUCUCCGCACGCCCCUCUCGAUUUUCCCAACUCUCCAGUCAAAGAUUGAGAACGGGUUGCCUUUGUUCCCCCAACCAGAAGGAUUAUCGCCACAAUCAAUCUACCCCUCCUCCUGAAUUUUUCUUGCUCAAGGUCUAUCGCUUCUCUUUUUGUGUUCCCUCGUAUUUGAUCGCGCACGCAAUGUUUCAUCAUCUACACCCCCGUCGGCCCCCCUCUCUCCCCCGCGCAAUGAGGGGAAUUGGACUAACUUUGCGGUGAUUUCUCAACCUUCCAUCAACCAGCACAUUUCAAUCACCGUUUCACGAUUUAACACAGUAGUGUGUGGGAGCAGCAACAAAUGCAAC